GAGCGGCUUUGUGGAAGCUCCAUGUAUAUAUUUGCGACGAAGGGUUAAAACCAACUCCUGGGUGACGCGGCUGGGAGGGUCCCUGCGCUGCCCUGGUGUGGUGCCGGACGGAUGUGCUCGACAGCGCGUCUUGCAGGCACGUAUGACCCGAUAUUGUACAGAAAUCUCCCGCCUAACGAGCAGCCGUUACCACCGGAUCCAGAAGAGCAAUGGGUGGAUGAUCUGUCCCGCACUCUGUCUCUGGGGAGCGGAUCGACACAGGACUGGAUGGGGGGCCAUUGUGGACAACGGGGGGUUGUGACAAGUCCUCAUUCGUUCUCUGCUCUGCUAGAGGACGAUGUCGGUGGAGGCGAUACGGAGAUUGUGGACUUAAAUUUUGGUUUGUCAAGCGGGAGUGGUCUAGCAGCUACACACACUCGCACGUUCAACCUAGUGCCCAGUGUGACCAUCGGCAGAUCGAGUGUGCACCUCUCCGCAAGGAUGCGUGUGGCGAGUGGAGAACUCAAUGCAGAAGACUCCCAACGGGCAAGCGAUUACGAAUCUACAGAUGUGAUUUGUGAAGACGAAGUGGAAGACGCGGACGACAUGGAGAUUCGACCCCUGCUUGUGCGUGGAAAAGGAAGGGGUGGAGGCGUGCGUCAAGAGAAGGCUGUUUCCCGUGGUGGUCGCCGCUCGAAGGGUCCGCCAAGUGAGAAGGCUGGGAAACAUCCAUCGUGGAGUGUCAAGGAGAUGUUGAAGCUCGUCCAGGCGAAGAGGGAUCAGCAAGCUCAUUUCGAGGGCAUGGCACACAACUACGGACGAAUGCACAAUAGGGAGUGGAAGUUGCAGGACCUUCAAAAGCGUUUGCUGGAGGUGGGGGUGGACAGGACGACUAACAACAUUGGCAAGAAGUGGGACAACCUCUUCCAACAGUACAAGAAAGUGCAACGCUAUGAGACCGCCUCUGGGGGGAAGAACUUCUUCAACCUCACACCUUCAUUGAGAACGGAAGAAGGCGUCAACUGCAGAAUGGAGGAGCGCGUGUACGAUGAGAUAGAUGCCAUGUCGAAGGGCAACAAGACCAUCUACCCGAACAACGUCGCCGACACAAGCGCCCGUGGAGGACUACAGAUGCCACGUUCCCCAUCCGUUGCUGGAGAAUCCGCCGCCAGGGGUGAUGGGGGUGAUGGGAACGACGACGACGGAGGGUCGGCGCGGGAAUCUGGCUUCAGUGCAGGCAGCACGGGAGGGAACUGCAAGAGCAAGGACAUGCACCAACAAACAUUCGAGGCCAUUGCUGAAGUCAUGGACAAGCACGGCACUACAAGGCGUCCGACGAGGCUAACAGGUUGAUGUGCACUGCAUUGUUGGAGAUCGCCAAAGCCAUCAGGGACAGGUCCUGAUGCAGCCUCUGCU